CAAAGAGGUUCUUGUGGGAGAUUCUGACAGACUACUGGAAAACUCUAGAUGGCGUCAAGGGACCAAUGUGGUUUUCGGGCUUGCUACUUAUUUCCGAUUCUGUAGCCGCUCUAUGCUAUUCCAAAAUUCCUGGCUCAAUCCACUACUCUCGCAAGUUUUAUACUUGAUCUUGGGGCCACCUGAUUAGUCCCGCUUGGCCAACCCGACUGGGGCAAAGAUUGCACUUCUUAAUUUUAAACCGAUCUAACCCUCCUCCAGAGGUCCGCGUUCCUACUAUAUGCGCCCUGAUCUCGCCUGGGAGGGCGUCGAGACCAACGAGUUUGAUGUACGGCCCCUGGCAAGUCGGCCAGCUGAACGCAGAGGACUACUCCAAAAAAGCCAUCGUCUUCGCCAAAGCUCUCAGACUCCUCGACCGUCCCUCGUCGUGCGGCGAAACCUGAUACUCAAGCUGGGACUUCGAAGUCCUCCGCUCCUGCAUCCCAUACGUAGACAUGCAUAGCAUCCACAUUGCGAGCUCCGACCACAUGAUGAACGUCAGCGCGCCCCUCAUUGCCGAGCGCGCCAUCGAAGCCACAGCUGCAUUCAUCGACGUCGCGCGCAUCGAGAACAACAUCGUGCCCACUAAGCACACACCACUAUCUGCUUCCGAGUGGAAAGUGUGGCCGACGCGGGCGCCUGGGAACCUUGGGGCGGAGGAGAAGUACACGCUCUCUGAUGCGCUGGCGGUGGGGGUGUGGCUCAAUGUGUUUGUGAGGCAGGCUAAGUAUUUGGGCAUGGCGAAUAUUGCGCAGUCGGUUAAUGUGAUAUCGCCGCUUAUGACGACCGAGAAGGAGAUUGUGAAGCGGACGACGUUCUGUAUUUUGGAGUUGUUUAGCAGGUAUAUGAGGGGUUGGACGGUGCAUACGCAUGUUAUAGGGGGGGUGUAUACGGGGGAGACGGAACCGGCGUGGUUGAAGGGGGUUCAGGAGGAGGGGAUAAAUACGCUGGAUGUUAGCGCUGCCGUUGGAGGUGGGGCGGAGGGCGGAGUGGAGACACGUACGGUGACGGGCGAGAAUGUGAAUGUGGUCAAUACUGAGGAGGAGGAGGUGAGGAUAGCAGAGGGUACGUGGGAUGGAAAGGGGAAAUACACGUUCAAGAAGCAUUCCUUCACGCUGUUGAUGUGGAAGAGCGUGGAGAAGAUCUUAGACAAUGAAUAG